UAUCUGGGGGUAUAAAUGCCCCAGUUACAUCUUAUUCCCACGUUAGUCGAGACUUCCAUAGCCAUGAAGUUACCACUGCUAAUUCUACCAGCUCUGAUCGCCGCACUCGCUGCGGGUAAGCCGAUAGAAGAAUGCGAACAAUGGUGCAAAAAAGACUCAACAGAGAUGUCGCAGUACUGCGUGCAGGAGGAACAAUGUUACAUUAUGAUCCCCCAAUGUAUGGUGGACCAGAUCAAAUGUAUUGUCAAGCACGGGGGUCAAGAUCCCGUAGAGGUUCUAUCUACUUUCGAGGAGAAUUGCAAGGAAAAGGAAUCCAAAUGUGACAAUACUGUAUCCCCCUUUUAACGCUAAUGAACGAUUUAUGUACAUAAGAGGAUUUACAUCGUUAAAUAUACAUUUUCAAUAUA